UCCAGAUUACGACGAAGAACUAAAUUCAUAUUGUAAAGAUGACAUCACGAAAAGCACUUGUUCUGCUUCUCACUGUUUUCAGCCUUUAUCUCGUCCAGGCUAAGACUAAGCGUUCUAAAGGCAGCCAACCUAACGUUCUUGUUAUCCUAUCAGAUGAUCAUGGUUACAGAGAUGUCGGCUACCAUGGUGCGUUGUUUGAUACUCCAGUAAUCGACAAAUUGGCCGCAGAGGGUGUGAAGUUAGAAAACUAUUACGUUCAACCAAUCUGUUCACCGACUAGAUCCGUCCUCAUGUCGGGUCGAUACCAGAUCCAUACAGGACUGCAACAUGCUGUUCUUGACCCAAUGGCACCAGCUUGCCUACCUACUGAUGAGGUGACUCUAGCUCAGAAGAUGAAACAAGCUGGUUACUCAACGCAUAUGAUUGGUAAAUGGCAUUUGGGCUUUUACGAAGAGGCGUGUCUUCCCAACAACAGAGGAUUCGAUACCUACUUGGGUCUGCUACUGGGAGGAGGCUACCAAUUUAGCCAUUCUUUCCCGGAGCCUCCGUAUUAUGACUUCCAUCGGGACCUUGCAGCUGCAAAGGAUUACAAUGGCACUUACUCUACUUAUGCCUUUACUAAUGAAGCAAUUGAUAUCAUAAACAACCAAGAUGAAGACACGCCUUUCUUCAUGUACCUGUCCUACCAAGCACCGCACGCUCCUCUUGAAGUACCCGAGAAAUACAAGGACCCAUACCGUAGUAUUUUUAACAAUGAAGACAGACUUACCUACGCUGGUAUGGUAUCAUGCAUGGAUGAGGGUAUCGGGAAUGUGACAGCUGCAUUGAAAGCUAAGGGAAUAUAUGACAACACUGUCAUAUUCUUUUCUAGUGAUAAUGGGGCAACUGUAAUGGAAGGUGGUAACAAUUGGCCAUUGCGUGGAUUCAAGUUGACCAUGUUCGAGGGCGGUAUGCGAGCUCUCGGAUUCGUUCACAGCCCUCUCCUUUCUGACAAAGUCAAGGGAACUGUGAGCAAUGAACUGUAUCACGUAAGUGAUUGGUUCCCGACAUUCGUCGAAGGUAUCGCUGGAUGGAAUACAGACGGAACUAAACCACUAGAUGGCUUCAACCAAUGGGAAUCUAUAAGGGACGGUACUAAUUCUUCCAGAACUGAGCUUUUGCACAACAUUGACCCUCUGUGGACUGUACCUGGCGGCCGAAAUUGGGUUGUUAAAGACAGUCCCUUCAACGUCAAAAUUAAUGCUGCACUAAGGCAAGGAGACUGGAAAAUUAUCACUGGUGACUUUGGACUUUUCGGAUGGUAUGCACCCCCUGAUACUAACAUCACGAGCAUCCCGGGACAUCGAAUAUCUAAACAAGUGACCUGGUUAUUCAAUAUCAAGGAGGAUCCACUAGAAAUGAAUGACCUCUCUGAUGAGCACCCUGAUAUACUCUUUUCCUUGUUAGGGAAACUUCAAGAAUACUAUCUUGAUUCAGUGCCUGUAUUUUAUCCAGAUCCCCAGCAGGAUCAAGCAGACCCUUGUUUAAAUGGUAAUGACUGUGUCUGGGGACCAUGGACACCAAUCUAAGCAAACUUAAUAAGGUUCUAAAUUGUAGCUUCAAACACAAUUAUGUGUCUUCUCUGUCUCUGUAAUGAGCUAACAUAUUGGAGUUACCAUGGUAAUGUUUAGUUGUUUAGUUUAGGAUCGUAGUUGUUCUUAGUUUGAAUAUUUUUGAUGAUUGACUAUUUUAACCUUUAAUUAGGUUACGUACUUUCGUGUUUUAGAGUCUACAUCUGUAAAAGCAUACGUCUAAAUUACUUAUAAUGUAGAAAAUUAAAGUGACCGAUUUCAUGAAA